GUGACGUCAUCGAGCGGUCCGGAAGUGCCCACACGUGCGGUGGAGACCCCGCUCCCGGACCCAAGGCCUGGCUGUUACAGGGCAUGGGUCGCUCCCGCCGGACCGGCGCACACCGAGCACACUCCCUGGCCCGCCAGAUGAAGGCCAAGCGGCGGCGGCCGGACCUGGAUGAGAUUCACCGCGAGCUACGGCCCCAGGGUCCCGCACGGCGCCUGCCCGACCCGGACGCCGAGCCGGACCCCGACCUGCCAGGGGGCGGACUGCAUCGCUGUCUGGCCUGCGCAAGGUACUUCAUCGAUUCUGCCAAUCUGAGGACCCACUUUCGAUCCAAAGACCACAAGAAAAGGCUGAAGCAGCUGAGCGUGGAGCCGUACAGUCAGGAAGAGGCAGAGAGGGCAGCGGGCAUGGGCUCUUAUGUGCCUCCUCAGCGGCUGCCAGUGCCCACAGAGGUGUCCACUGAUGUCCCAGAGAUGGACACAUCUGCCUGACAUGGCCUGAGGAUACAGGGCAGAGGAACUGCCCAUGGACAGUGAUGUAAGGGCUGAGCUGGAACUGUACCAACAUCUUGUGGCCCUGGAUUCAGGGAAUGGAUGGCCUCUUCUGGUGCCCACCCCCAAUAAAGGAACUGGGGAAAGAGG